CAACAUCCUCACAAUGGCCGAUCACCCAAGCCGUCCCCAAACACCACAGGCGAUGCUCCACCGCCUCCCCGAAAAGCCCGACCCCUCAUACUCCCUUUCCGAGCCCAGGAAACCCUCAAAAUACAUCAUUCUGAUCAUGGCUUCCACAGCUACAGCAGGCAAAGUCCAAAUCUCUAAAUCAAUCGCAAGUGCACUUUCCUGUCCGCUUUUCCAAGGCGACAGCUUGCACGAAACGUCCGCCAAAGCAGCCAGCGUGGGAGCAUCGAGACAUCCUGGAGACGAGCAAGCUACAUCGUCUGGAGCAAAUGAAAGCCGGUAUCAGCGCAUGUGGCUUUCGAAGAUGACGAGGACUGGGUAUUUGUUCCCUGAGGAGUCUCGACCGGCUGUUUCAAACGAGGGUUUCUCUGCAUUUGGUGGAUCGUCGACAUCGACGAGUCGGCGUGGCUCAGCUAGUUCUAUCGCAUCAUCAGCAUCGGAUACUGCGAUCUCGACAUCUGUCUCGAGUAUUGCGAGCAGCUUUGUGUCCUCGGGUGCGCCGACUACGAAAUUCAUCAACAAGCCUCCCUUCUUUACGUUGUCCGACGAGGAGAAACUGCAGAAGGCGAAUCCAGCGCUGAUGGUCGUCACGCAUCCGGAGCUAGAGGCGUGGCAUAAGAAGUCUAUUCGGACGGUUGUUGGUGAGUAUGGGAUUGGUGUUAUUUUUGUACCCCUAGGAGGAGAGGAGGGGGAGGAGGGGGAGUUACCGGUGUUGAAACCCUUGGAUCCGAGGACUAUGACGAGUUUCGGGUCUUUCGGCGUUGUUCAAAAGCCUGCGGCUAAAACAUUGGACGAGGAGAUUGUGUUGAAAGUUGAUGGUGGAGGGAAUGUUGAGGAUAUCAUCGAGGAUAUUGUGAGUGGUGUGAAUGAGAUCAUGAAUGCAUAGCUAUAGUCUACCAAUGCGGGUUUGUUUGAAAAAAUGAAGGGAAGACACCAAGAAGAAGAAAUAGAGCGAGGUGGGAAAUGAGCUAGAUACUUGGAGUAAUGGAAAUCAAACUCAUUGAGCCAUGCAGCAUCUGGGCAAACGAGGUGGGCAAUAGGGGGAGAAGCACGUGACCCGAGUGGGUUAUCAAAUCCAAUCAACAUGAACCCAGCCAAUGGGAUGUCUAGCUACGAAUAGAUCACCGAAUCCAC